ACUUGCGGCUGUGCGCAUGCUCAGUCGCUGUCAUUAGAGAUUGCGGCGUUGCUUCUUGUGUUGAAUUGUGAUAGUUGUACUAACGAUAUGAAGCGACGGCACAGAGUUUAGUAUUGACUCUCACUGUUUGAGAUACCAUGACCCAGUUCUUUGGUCUUCAGAUUUAUUCACUAGGCUGUUACUGUUAGCUAAGCUAAAGGUAGCCCAGCGGUGUCCUUUAAUGUCGUUUGUUUACCCGCCGGCUUUUGUACACAAGUGCCUGGAGAAAAUGCAGAGAAUAAGAUCUUUGAGAGCAGGUUGGCAGCUGCUGAAAUCAUGCAGUGAAGGAGCAGCAAAACAAGUAAACACCUCAUCGUCGACCUCACGAAAUUAUAGCCAUCUUUCUCCUCAGGGCCCCAACUCCUUUGGGCUUCUCUUUGACAUUGAUGGGGUGCUGGUGCGGGGCAGGACGCCAAUCCCUGAAGCCAAGCAGUGCUUCAGGAACCUGGUGGACCACAAUGGGAAAUACAAGGUGCCUGUGGUGUUUGUCACCAAUGCUGGGAACUGCAUGAGGCAAACCAAAGCUGAGCAUCUGUCACAUUUGCUUGAGGUGGAGGUAUCUCCAGACCAGGUGAUGCUGUCACACAGUCCUUUGCGAAUGUUUACCCAGUUCCACAAAAUGUGCGUGCUGGUGUCGGGACAGGGUCCUGUGGAAGAGGUCGCUCACAACCUGGGCUUUCAGGAUGUCAUCACUAUAGAUAUGUUGAGGGAGGCGUAUCCUGUUUUAGAUGUUGUAGAUCACAAUAGAAGGCCCAAAGACAGUAUUCCACCCUCAAAAGAUUUGCGGAAAAUAGAUGCUGUCAUCUUAUUUGGUGAGCCAAUCAGAUGGGAGACCAACCUCCAGCUUAUCAUUGACAUACUCCUGACAAAUGGGAACCCAGGUAAUGCCUGGAGUUCGAAGCUGUACCCUCACAUCCCAGUCCUGGCCUGUAACAUGGACCUGCUAUGGAUGGCUGAGGCCAAGAAUCCCAGAUUUGGACACGGUAUGUUCCUGGUGAGCUUAGAGAGCCUGUACAAGAAGGUCACAGGCUACGAGUUGAAGUACGAAGCUCUGAUCGGUAAGCCCAGUGUGGUGACUUACAACUAUGCUGAGCUGCUCAUCAGACAGCAGGCUGAGAAGCUUGGCUGGACAACACCUGUGAAGAGGCUGUAUGCUAUAGGUGAUAACCCCAUGGCUGACAUAUAUGGAGCCAACCUCUACAACCGCUACCUCCAGGCUUCUCACUGUACGAGAGCCCAGAUGCAGGCUAAGAGUGGUGGAGGAAGUGCAGAUUCCUUGGCAGAAACUGUCAUUGAAACCCCUAAGAUGACAUCAGCAGAACUAGGUGGAGCGACAAGUGCGUACAGUGCAGAGGAGGACCUCCCCGAGGGGUGCAGCUCCAUCCUGGUGUGCACAGGAGUCUACAGCAGGGACCAGCAGGAGCUGCCUUCAGACCCAGUGCAUACCGUCAGUGAGCAGCGCAUCUUCCAUGGUCACAGGGACUUUCGCUUUGACCCCAGCCUCACACAGCCAUCCUUCGUGGUGCAGGAUGUAAAGGAGGCCGUGGAGCUGGUUUUUCAGCAGGAAGGCUGGCCUCUGGAGUAGGAUGAGUGGAUCAUGUCAUCUCACAGCCGUCCAGUAAACAGUUCUAACAGCCCUUAACUGGUAGUACAAGUAGUUUUAUGGGUAUAUGUUAUUUUGUAAUUUAUGCCCUGAUUAUCACAGGGAGAUGUGGCUGUUACUGUGGUUAGUUCUUAGACAUUUUAAGUGCCAUACAACCUGCUGCAAAAAGCAACAAUAUGAAGUUUAAUACUAAAUAUGGGAAAGUUACAAACAUUUUAAGGCAGUCACGCAUGGUAGUGUGUCACAGACUGCUGCUGUGUUUUGUACUUUUCAUAAACAACACACAUAACUGUUUCUUAUGGCCCUACCUACUGUAUAUACAGUAUAUCUAUAUAGUCAAGAACUCAGCGCUCUACCAAACUGGGUCAUCUUCGUUCCAACCCUCCUACACACAGCAGGUCUUCAGUAGACCAGUUCUGCUGUUUGUUUUUACUGCUAUCAUAUUUCAGUUUGUUCUUAAGCUUGAAUGGGUAACUACUAAAGAUGAGAUUAAGUUGCCAGGUUUCAGUUUAGUACCUCAUCUGUUUGGUUUUAAGUCUCACUUAAGAGUAUGGUAAUUUUAUUUUAGAGUUAUUUUGUGAAAUUGUCAGAAUUAUACUACGUAGCACAGUUUUGACUGAAAUGAAAAAGGUGCUAUUUUUCUGUCAAACAGUUUUAGUUAUGAAAGUCCAGCGAAUGGUUUGUGUGAAUGUUUGUAUCAGCAGACCUUAAUAAGAAAAAAAAUCAUCACAUAUUAUAAUUGCAGCACCUGUGAAAAUUCAUCAAGCGCUUGUUUGUUCUGGUUGUAACUGACAGGUAUAAUGAUGAAUGACUUGCAAAUGACUUAGAUUGCUUGUUAAAACUGUGGAAUUCUGGGGAUGUACUCUAAAAGCAAUAGUGUAUGAAAGAACAAUUAAAAAGGAUGAAAGACA